CGCUCGAGCAGCGGAUGCUUGGAUUCGGCCACCUCCGCCGAGGUCCGAAACAUCAGAAGUUGAAAAGGGGUUAGAAGUCACCGCCCGCCCGCGCUCCUCAGCAUGGGCAGCUACCUGGGCAAAGCAGGGUCCUCGCCGCGGUCCUCAGCACAGGGGCGCGCAGACCCACGGGAGAAGCCUGCGACCCGCCAACCCGCUAGGCCCCUCUACCAGGUCCACCGUGUGCAGCAUGUCCACCGCGCCCAGCCUGUCCGGAGACACAGGCCGGCCCGGAGGCCACCAAACUGGGAUCCCGCCAACCCUGCCGCUUUCGUCAGUGAGGCCUGGAGGCGCUUUCCCAUGAAGAGUCCACAGAACCCCAUUAUGGGCUCUCUUCCUUCAGACUGGUGGGAAAGUUACCUGAAGCGUAAUAUUUGGUCCCUUCGUCACCCUCGGGCCACAUGGAGUCCGGUGACAGUCAAGAUCUCGCCUCCUGAGCGGAGACCACGGCCCUUGUUCCCAGCCUCAAGAGUGGUGAACUCCGCGGGACCUUCAGAGGAGCCACCAGGCCCUUGUGGAAAGGAACAGGUGCUGAGGGCCCUCCUCGAGUGCAGGAAGGGUGGAGCCAGGUGGGAAGAGCCUCUGUUCCCCGAUAGCUCUGACACUCAAAGGAAGUCAGCCACCUUAUGGUCUGCCUUUAAGCCCCUGUUGAAAAGUGGGGCCACUGUUUCGUUUGUGGCCAGGCCUGGGUCUCUGAAAAGGAGCCUCCAUGCCCAGAGCUCAGAUCCUAAAUGUAAGAGGUCCAGUUACUCUUCUGUGGCCCUCUUGGCCAGCAUACAUACCAGAGGCCCCCUGAGCACGAAAAGAAAUGCUAUUACCAGCUCCUAUAGUUCUUCUAGAGAUCUCUCAGAAUCUUGGAAAAGACAUUUUUCCAGGUCAUCAGUCCAGACUCCAGAAUGGCCAUUGAAAAAGACAGGAAAAAGUCCUAAUUCUCACCUCUUAGUCACGCCCAGCAGCUCUGGACAGAUAAAUGGAAAGAUUCCUCUACUGCAAUCUGGUCCUAGGCACCUUUUGACUAUGCCUUGCCAGCAAGGUCCUGUUGUCACUGAAGAGGACCCAACAUCAGAGGGGCAAGCUGUGCCAAGCAACCAAACCACAGAAGCUACAACUGGGACAGCCACAGACUCCAUUCCAGAGAUCAGGGCUGGUUUUCAGCCUCCCUUGUCUCUCAAUCGGCCUUCUGAGACAGUUCUUAAUACCCGCGUGAACCCUCGGCUGGAAAGCUUAAAGAAUAUGCCUGCCCCACAUGGGUGCUCACUGUUAGAGCACAUUCCAAGCAUCUCUUCAGACUCAAAACCCUCAAUUGCUUCCAUCCAGGCAUCACCAAGCUCUCCCACAACACCAGUCACUGAUUCCACCUGGCUUUCUUCAAUCCCUCAGGCUCACAGGUCUGCUGUGUCCCCACACUCAUCUGUCAUUAUCCCCACAGCACCCACCACACAAAGCACUUUGGUUGGGGUGGUGAGUAGCCCAGUUCUCCAUCUUCCUGCAUCUGUACUUCCUGUGGAGACUUCUGCUCACUCGGCAUUAAGACCGAUAUGGGGGUCUGUGCACAAUACUGAGGGAAAAGCAUCUGUUUGGAAGAUGGGAGCUGGACCUCAGAGGCCAAGAAAGAUGUCUUGAGUGGUGACAAGUCUCUUCUGUGACUCUCUGCAGCAACUCGGAGAAGAAUACAAGACUUUCAUCUAUUCAACUUCCUUUCAUGUGUUAUCUUGAGUAGGUGGACAAGUCUGAUACUACCUGAAUCUAGGAGUGGAGCAGAGUCUACUCCCUGGAAUCCCUGGAAAUAAAUAAAAGGGACCAGGCUAUUUCUGGGACAUUAAUGGGGAAGGGAAGGUAGUUAAGACUUUUAGUGGAAAAAUCAGCAUAUUCAGGGUGAAUGAUAAUCCAUUUACAAAUACACAAAUAUGAAGAAACAAACAGGAAUCAAACUAUUCUCUUUCUGUGAGUGUGUGUAUGUAUGUGUUCCUAAGCAUUGAAUUAAAAUCUUAUGAAUGA